CACGAGUUCCCGGAUGGUGAGUCGCGAAGAAUAGCUGGUUCCUCCUCACGUGUAUCAAACAAAACACAGACGGUAGGUUGAAAUGUCUGCAGACUAACGGCUUCGGCGGAAAAGAACAGUGCUGCAGCAGUGUAGCCCAGGCCCUUUAAAGAUAUUUGACGUUUUCUGAACGUCUACAAAGCUCAAGUGCACACCGUCUGGUGAGAAAUGGCAGAGGGAGGCUUUGAUCCUUGCGAGUGCGUCUGCACCCAUGAGUAUGCUAUGAGGCGCCUCAUCAACCUGCUCAGGCAAUCUCAGUCCUACUGCACAGACACAGACUGCCCUCAGGAAUUGCCAGGUCCCAGUGGGCCAGCUGGCAACGGAGGAGGUGACCUGACCCUCCCCAUGGUCAUGAUGGGAUGGAUGGUGCUGGCUCUGCUCCUGUUCCUGCUGCGCCCAUCCAGUCUCAGGGGUCAUCGUCCCUCAGGCAAACCUACUGGACCCCACAAUAGUGACAGAAGAGAGCCCCCAGCACCACCUAUUGAUUAGCAGAGAAGCAAGAGUACCAGCAGUCAUCCAUCUGCUCUGACUGGAGCUGCACAGUUGGCUAGUUACUGUGACCAGAACGGCACAAUCUCCCUGUCAAUCUUCACUCGCAUAUCUUUUUGCUUUCUUCCUAUUUUAAUGGUUGGAUCUGUCUAAUGAUUCCUGUUACUAGAGCCCAACUGAUGCUGGAUUUAUGAGGUCAAUACAGAUGUGGUAUUCCUAAGUUGCAAGAAAUCUGAUCAUCUAGAGGUCAAUAUUGAUGUUUUGAUUUUCAUAAACACAACAUGAACAGUUUUGGCAUAUACUUUUCUGCUUUGGUUAUUUUUUGACAAAGAUAUAGACUGAGGAAGGAUGUUUUACACUUACAAAACCUUUUUGAUCAGGAAACUUAAUAACUAAAUAUAUAAAAAGCCAGUUUUGACUGAUAAUAUUGGCCGACAACAUCAGCAUGAAGAUCUAUCAGCUGGGCUCUGUGUGUAAGUCUUUAAUUAGAAGGUUUGUUAUCGUUCUGAGUCGGUCCCUGAUCCCAGUCCUGAUGCUGUCUGAUCUGCAGAAAGGCAGACAUAAACUCAAAAUGAAGGAAUGCAUCACAUGGGUUAGCGGAGUUUAAAUUGUUGUUUGAGUGCUUGCUGAGUAAUGAAGGGUGGUGGGUUCUUCAGACUCUGAAACCUUCCAUUUUUAAAAUCAACAUUCUAAACAGUGCCAGUAACUAUGUCCUAUGACAUAAUGUGUUUGAUAUUAAUGCAGUGAAUUAAUCUCUUGUGUUUACGUUCAGGCCUCAAUAAGAUUCCAUAAUCGCCCCAGCCAGCAAAUAGUCCAGUCUUCUUUAUAAACUGCAUUUCCAAGAACGUGUCUGUCCUUUUUAUCUAUAACCCGGUUUGAUGAUUAAGACGGCAGUGCCAGAUUGUUUAUGUUUAGGGGUUUAAGAUUUGUUAAAUACCCACAUGUCAAACCUAAUUUCACAUCAUUGAAGUGCAGGCAGACAGACAGGGUAUAAUAGUGGGGUAACUGUCAAACAAUAUACUCAGCACAAGCAAAUACGUUAUCAUAUUGAGAUGAUUCUAUGUACUGUAAUUGUUUUGUGGUUAAAUAAUCAUUGUAUACUGACCUAUUAGCAGCCGAGAAUCAUAUUUUAUUAGCACUUUUUUGUGUGUAUGUCUGUUCCUUUUUGAAGGCCUGUUGUACUAAUGCAGCCGUGUAAAUGGUGGCCUUGUGGAGACGGGGGAUAAGAGUAGUCUGUGAUUAAUGGGAGCCAUCCAAAGUUUCUACUUCACAUCUUCUGUAUGAUAGUAUCUCAAACCAAUGAAAAGCAAAGAGAAAGACAGUGCCAUAUUUGAGGUCAUUUUUAUUUUAAAUUUGUGAUGGGAAUUAUCUGCAUGCCUUAAACUACAAGAUAUGCUGAUUAUUUAUUUGGUCCAGAGCUCUGUUAAAUACAUCAUUAGUUUCACAUCUAAAUAAUGUUACAGAAGGUUUGACUGCUAGAUUUAAGGUUGAAAUAUAGUGAGUGAACAGAAAAAAUGGAAACCCCUUAAUGCAGACCAAUGCACUGGGGAAUGUUGUUUGGUUCCUUAACCAUGUAUGUAAUUGUGUGUGGAUGUUUAUAACCGUACAAAAUACUCUGCCUCAUGCAACACAAACUACAGCCUCAAAGUUGCAAAGGAGAAUCAACCUUUCUUUGAUACAAUCUCAAGAAAAAUGGAACAUUAUAAUGGGUGGUAUUUUUUUAUAUGUCUAUAAUUGCUUAUUGGAUUUCAGUACACAAUAGAGAGUUUCCUGUCUUUCUAGUAUCUGUCAUGCCCAUGUCGUGGAAACAUGGUUACAGCAAGUGUUUCUGGGCCCUGGUUGUGUUUUUGGUUGUAUUCCAGGGUAUCUGUGAUAUCAGAAAUUACACAGAUUAGUCUUAAAUUGUAGGGUGUUAAUUGAAGCCAUGGUAUAAGAGUUCACAACCUGGAUAUGAUCUGUAACAACUGUGGGCUGAGAUCAUCCUGACAGUCAGGCUCUUUCCAUAUCAGUGAAAGUUGCUACAUCUUUCCAGACUUGCUUGGGAGAGGGCAGGGAGGAGGAAGGAAACCGUUAAGUAAACCAUGAGUGGUUAUAUAAAAUGGGGGGGGGGGGUGCGCGCCAUACUAGAUUGUUCAGAUGUAUAAGUGGAAUAUCUGGUACCACAGAAGACCUUGAUUUAAAUUUUUACUGUCUAAAAAGGGCUUCAACUAUGCACUUUUCCUAUAACAAUAAAAAUAAUUCAGUCUUA